CGGAAUUGUGUUUUGUCUGAAAACAAUCCGUCUCGAACUUGGUGCAGCCUCGGACCUUUAGCCUGGAUAAGUGAUUACAAGUUUUAAUGAUUUGGCGGCGGGGAUAUUCAUUUUACCGUGCAAUUUCGGUUUCAGUGUCAGCCUGGCAGAACGGACUCACCUUGUACCGACAAGCCAGGAAGUUUGUCCGGAAAUUCAAGAACCAUGAAAGUGUUUCACCAAACACCACAUAACUUCCGGCUGUAUCCAAGGUCUUAUAAGACACUCUGUGAUGUGUGUAAUAAGGAAUGGGACCAGGAAGAAAUGACCUAUAUGUGAUAUUGGUCAGGAGAUCGCUGUACGAUGAAUCUUGCUCGUUUUGCUCUGACCGUCAUAUUCUGUUUGAGCCUUCUUAUAAACCUUCUGAUCUACCUGACCAGUGUGAUAGUAACCGAGCGAGUGAUUCAAAGAAGUCCAAAAUCUAAACCGACAGUCAUAAGGUUGAACGAUCCGUCAGGAUUUCCCCUAAACCACCCUCAUACUUGUAACGGUGACGUGGAUCUUAUAGUUAUUGUUUGUACUAGUCUUGGAAAUUCUGAAUCACGCGAUUUUAUCCGAAAGUCAUGGGGAAUGUAUUCGAAAAAUCACUUUUACAAAACCAAACUUGUGUUUCUAGUUGGUAUGGGAAAUGAGUCUACUCUGGAUAGAGUCCAGCAGGAGGAUAGUAUCCACAGGGAUAUUAUUUUAGGGAAUUUUGUGGAUACAUACAGAAACCUGACGCUCAAAUCGAUAUCAAUGCUCAAAUGGAUUAAAAAUUAUUGUGCAAACGCGAAAUAUGGCUUGAAAGUUGAUGACGACAUGUUUAUAAACAUUCCAAACUUGGUUUCCGCCAUGAAUUUGAAGAGACGACGAGUUGAUAAAUUUCUUAUAGGAAGCAAGCAGGUUGGCGCUAGACCAAUAAAAGACAAAAAUUCGAAAUAUUACACCUCAUCAAAGGAAUUUGGAGAAAAAUUUUAUCCACCGUAUUUAUCGGGAACGGCCUAUGCUUUUACAGUUCCAGCUGCCAGAGCUCUCUACGAUAUCACAGGCAGGAUUAAACCGUUCUGGAUGGAGGAUAUUCACAUCACGGGGAUUUGUGCCAGCGCCGCCGGAAUUCCUAGAUUUGAUCACAGUGGCUUCACCUUCCAGAAGAGACGACCCUCCGGAUGUUCAUUUAGAAACCAAAUUUCCGGGCAUUAUGUUACCGGAGAACAAAUGUUGAAAAUAUACCGUGAACUGUCGCAAGGGGAUCUUCAGUGUUAAUACAUUGUAUAUGCUUAUUCUUUCUUUUAUUUCUGAUAAACUAUACAUUCCACUCUUUAUAAACAUGCUCACCCAUUUUCUUUUUCCUUGUAAUAUUUAUAAAGACAUUUUGAACAUCAGGAUCCGUGAAAACCGCUAGAUCAGUGACGUGUUUUCAGAUGUUUCUUACUGGUGAGAAAGUUGGGAUAAAGUGGUUCCUUCAAAGGCAAGCUGACCCUCAUAAAAGAUUCUUAUCUUUCCUAGGAAUUCUGUUUUGACAAAAGCGUUUGACCUACAAAAAGAUUGGGUGAAUUUGGUGCUACAUCAAUUACAUGUACGGUGUACAGCUAGUAAUUACCAAGAUAAGAAACAAAACUCCUUCUCACCUCCCGCGUUGUAUUAUAGGGCUAUAAUGCUCUCGUUUAUGUUAGAUGAACACAAAACCUGUGAUAUUGACUUAUUUCUUAUGUUGAAAUUAAAAAA